UGACGAAACCAACGUUCAAAGAAUACAAAAACGAAUAAGAACAUAAGUUUUGGAUGAGAUUAUUUAAAAAGAAAAGUCAUUGUCAUUAAAAGAAAUUAAUUAUAAUAUAUUAGAAAAUGUCUAUGUCAAAGAUUGAGUUUGCUGUCGACAUGACUUGUCAAAAAUGCGUUAAUGCUGUACAAGAGAGUUUAUCAGAUCUGAAUGAUAUUCAAAAUUUAAAUAUUUCGUUAGAACGUGGAACAGUUGUUGUUGAAACCAAUCUUCCAUUUACCUUGAUACAAGAAAAAAUAGAGAAAUCUGGAAAGAAAGCUGUUCUCAAAGGAUAUGGAGAAAACAGUUUUAGCGCAGUUUCAAUGUUAGGAGGUAACUCUGGAUAUAGCAUAAGCAAUAAUAUAAAAGGUGUAAUAAGAUUUGUACAAACUCCAGAAGGUUGUAUAAUAGAUGGAACAGUUGAUGGACUUGAACCUGGACAACACGGUGUACAUAUACACGAAUGCGGUGACAUUUCUAAUGGAUGUGAAAGCGUAGGAGAACAUUUUAACCCUCAUAAUAGCAUACAUGGUGGACCUGAAGACGACAUAUCUAAAAAGCACAUUGGUGAUCUUGGAAACAUAGAUGUAGAUAAUAAUGGAAGAGCUUUAUUUAGAAGAAUCAAUAAAUUCCUUCAAGUGUCAGAUAUUAUUGGAAGAUCACUUGUUAUUACUGAAAAACCAGAUGAUUUAGGAAAAGGAAAUGAUCAACAAUCAUUAAUAGACGGAAAUAGUGGAAAGAGAUUGGCUUGCGGAAUUAUUGCUCGUUCAUCUGGUUUAUUUCAAAAUACAAAGAAAAUAUGUGCGUGCGAUGGCUUAACCAUUUGGGAUGAAAGAGAACGCGCUAAUUCUAAUCAAAAAGAAUCUACGAAAUACACGAGUAAUCAAAUAUCAAGCCUCUAAAUAAUAUACCUGUGGAUUACAUUCCAAUUAUUGUCAAAAUAAUAUGAUAUAUUCCAUUUGAUCUAAUGUGAUAUCAUAAAGAACGAUUUACAUGUAAAUAUUUUGUAAAUAAUGUGGGACGUCCAUUUUCUUGUUCGUUUUAUUAGGAGGUUAUAAUAAACGAGAAUAACAAGUA